AUGGGUUACAGGACCGUGGUGAUGUACAUGGAGAUCGGCUGCUUUGUCGUCUGUGUGUCCGGCUGGAUCCUGGUGUGUUCAACGAUGCCAACAGAAAUCUGGACGUGGUCUGAGGUGGACAGCAUCGUCCUGACCACUUCCAACUACUUCUCCAACCUGUGGAAGGAUUGUAUAUCUGAUUCGACUGGAGUAUCUGACUGCAAGGGAAUUCCAUCCAUGCUGGCACUCAACUGGGACAUUCACAUGUGCAGAGCUCUCAUCAUCAUCUCCAUCAUUCUGUCUUUCUUCGGAUCAGUCCUGGUCUUAGUGGGGAUGAAGUGCACUAAGAUUGGAGGAUCGGAGAUUGCUAAUGCAAGAGUAACCUUUGCUGGGGGGAUGAACUACUUCAUCGGAGGGAUGUGUUCUAUGGUCGCUUUCUCUUAUUAUGGAAACAAAAUAAAUUCAGAAUUUCAAGACCCAAAUUACAGAGCUCAGAAGUUUGAAAUAGGUGUUGGUGUCUUUAUCGGCUGGGGAGGCUCCACCUUACUUGUUGUUGGAGGCCUUAUUUACAGUAUCUUUGCCGGGAGGGAAGGAUGUCAAUCAAGCUCCGAACGCUACCCACCAUACCAGUUACCUGACGCCUACGCAGUCGUCCCGACGAAAAGGGCCCCGGCGUCAUUGGCCCGCACAGAGAAGAGCGACAGCAGGAAAUCCAGGAACACCAGUGAAAGCGGAGUCAGCAGUUUCUCUGGCGUCUCCGGUGUCACCAAGACGACAUUGAGUAAUGCAUCCGGGGGCAGUAGCAUCACCAAGACGACAGCAAGCAACGCAUACGUGUAA